ACUGCUACUUACGCACCUCAAUUCACUUACCAGUGAAGUGGUAAUUUACUGUGCCAGGAAGUACACCCAGAUGCCAAAGGUCAUGGAGACACAAUGGAUUUUGUAUCUACACUUUGCAAGUAGGGGAUGUGCUUGAAUACCAAAAUCUGUCUUAUUUUCCAUAAUCUGGGGCAACACUGUGCUUGCAUUUAACUGCUUGACUGUUUCCCUCACACCAACAGAGCAGAUUUCCUGUAGAAAGCUCUGAUUCUACAAAUGUGCACAGGAUUAAAAGUAAGAAAGUCAGCGGUCUUACUGCCAAGAAGUAGCAGUUGAAAUUGAUAAUUAACUGAGUACAGAAGUGGUUGGCACAACGGGAAUGUAGCAUGCCUUAAUCUUCUCCACUUGCAGAGAAGUAUAAUUAAGUCUCUGGAUCCAUUCAUGCCUUAUCAUUUCUGGCAACUGGAAGACCAACUAAUACCUACCCUUACAAUGAUUUUAUGCAUAUGCAAGUGUGGUUUCUUUGAGGAAGCCGUCGAGGUGACUCCGGUAAGCUCCCAAAAGGCUGCUCUGCGGCCAGGGCUGCGCCCACAGCCGAGUGGGGACUUGACCGCUUCAGGGCUCUCAGGCCGGGCUAGCUCCAGUUUUGUGAGCAAGCUUCGCUCGCCACUUCGGCUGACCCCGCCAUCCGCCCCGGCUCACUACCGCAAGGCGACAACGACACGUUUCCCGCGGGAGAUCAGAGGCUGUGCCAGACACACGGGGCAGCGUCGCCGAAAUGCUCUUCGAGAGGAACUUCACGGGCGAGGGGAGGAGGCUUCAGCUGCCCGCUGUCGCAACGUGGGCGCCCCCCUGUCGCCGGCUGCCCGCCGUCUCUGCCGGGCGCCCGUGCCGUCCGCCCCCCGGGCCGGGACCCACCGCCUGUUGCUAUUUUCGCCCGCGCUGGCGAGCGGCCCGGCCGGGUGUGCGGCUCGGCUCCCUCCUCGUCCCGGCCCGCCGGCAGAACUCUUCUGUUCCUUAAUCAAAGGAGCCAUCCAACAUCCAGAUAAUGUCAUUCCAUGGAACUGAAAUAUUGGUGAAUUAGUCCACGUUCCCUAAAGGACUGUAAAAUGGAGCCAAUAACUUUCAAAGUUAAAAAGUGUCAAACACCUAGUGAUUUCUCAGCAAGUUUCAGUCUGCAGCUCGUGGGUUCUCUCCCGGUGCAUUCCCUAACCACUAUGUCAAUGCUGCCUUGGAUUGUGGCCGAGAUCCAGUUGCUCAGUGCAAAGUCUCCCAAAGAAGAACCCAGCGUCAGCCAAAUUCGACUUUGUGUUUCACCAGCCAGUUUGCGUUGUGAGCCAGACACAGGGGAAACCCAGCAGUGGGAUCCUUUAAUUUGUUCAAGUUUAUUUGAAUACAAGCCACAGCAGGUCCACAAACUGAUUCACAACAGCCACGAUCCAAGCUACUUUGCUUGUCUGAUAAAGGAUGAAGCAGCAAAUCAGCAAAGUAUCUGCUAUGUAUUUAAGGCUGAUGAUCAGACAAAAGUGCCUGAGAUUAUAAGCUCUAUUCGACAAGCUGGAAAAAUUGCCCGUCAAGAAGAGUUUCAGAAUAAUCUCUCAGAUGUUGAAGACCCUUUUGCCAAAAAGUUUGAGGUGCUCUUCUGUGGACGGGUAACAGUAGCACAUAAAAAUGCGCCUCCAGCACUCAUAGAUGAAUGCAUUGAGAAAUUCAAUCGUGCAAGCUGUACGAAAAAUUCAGAUUUCAGCUCAUCAUCCCAACAACAUGAAACUGCUAAUAACUUUGGAGGUUUCUCUUUCAGCAGCAAAUUACGGUCUGUGUUCCAGCCCUUGGUCAAUGAAGAGGAGGAAAAAAGGCCAAUUAGGAAAUCUUUUUCUCAACCUGGACUUCGUUCCUUUGCUUUUAAGAAGGAUUUCCAAGAGGGAAGCCUUAGGAGUAACAGCUUUGUCAGAUCUUUUGAAGAAGAUGCAAUUUCACUGAACCUAAAAAGUCAACUCGUCUAUGGACACAGUGUUGUGCAGCCAACUGACAUUGCAGAAAACCGGACUAUGUUGUUUACGAUUGGCCAGUCUGAAGUUUACCUUAUCAGUCCUGACACAAAAAAAGUCGCAAUUGAGAAAAGCUUUAAAGAAAUAUCCUUUUGUUCUCAGGGAAUUAGACAUGUGGAUCACUUUGGGUUCAUCUGCAGAGAGUCUUCAGAAAAUGGAGGCUUCCACUUUGUUUGCUAUGUAUUUCAGUGUACAGAUGAAGCACUGGUUGAUGAAAUCAUGAUGACAUUGAAACAGGCUUUUACUGUGGCUGCUGUACAACAAACUUCCAAGGCACAGCCCCAGCUCUGUGAAGGGUGUCCUAUGCAAAGUUUGCAUAAACUCUGUGAAAAGAUAGAAGGGUUGCACCCUUCUAAGACUAAACUGGAACUACAAAAGCAUCUAACCACACUAAAUAACGAGGAACAGGCCUCUGUUUUUGAAGAGGUUCAGAAAUUAAGACCACGAAAUGAACAAAAAGAGAAUGAGCUGGUUAUCUCUCUUUUGAGAAACAUGUAUGAAGAAAAACAGAAGGACCAUGUUCAUGUUGGAGAAGCAAAACAGGCUUCACAACCUCCUGCUGAGAAUGCUGUAAAUGAAGUGUCCAGCAGUGCUUCGAGAUUCAGAUUAGACAUGUUAAAGAACAAAGCAAAAAGGUCUCUUACAGAAUCUUUUGAAAGUAUUUUAUCACGUGGCAGUAAAGCCAGAGGUCCACUGGACAGGUCUGGUUCUGUGGAUUUGGACAGCUCUAUGUCCAGUACCUUAAGCAGCACAAGUAAAGAGCCACCAUUGUGUGAAAAGGAGAAAGACAGACUUCCUACGCUUCCUGCAGAAAAUGCUGUCAAGACCAGUGGAUCGCUGGAUGAUCUCUGCAGCAACACAGAAGAUUUCUCUCUGGAGCAGUCUGUUACAUUGCCCCAGCAGAGCUUUCGGAGGCGAGCAAACACACUGAGCCAUUUACCGAGUGAGAGCCGGGAAUCUCUGGGGCCUGCCGAAACAUCGCCAUCUGUUCCUCAGAGGAAACUUAUGAGGUAUCACUCAGUGAGCACAGAGACUCCUCACAAAAGAAAUUCUUCUGGUCAACUUGCACGUUCUCCUACUCUAGCUCGUCUUAAUCCCUCGGCCUCUUCACCCAACUUCCUAAAAUAUCUAAGGCAUAAUUCAAGUGGAGAAACAAGUGGGCAUUUUGCACAAAAAAGCAUCUCCUACCGUACUGCCUUAAGGAAAAAGCUUCAUUCUUCCUCUUCUGUGCCAAAUUUCUUAAAAUUUCUGGCUCCUGUAGAUGAAAAUAACACCUCUGACUUUAGGAGCACAACAAGCGACUACGAGUCCAAGCACGGCCAGCCGGCCCUGGAUGCCGACAGCCCCGUGAGGACUCGAAGGCAUUCGUGGAGGCAGCAGAUAUUCCUGCGAGUGGCCACCCCUCAGAAAGCCUGUGAUUCUCCCAGCAGAUACGAUGAUUACUGUGAAUUGGGAGAUCUCCCACCCAGAUCCCCAUUGGAGCCAGUGUGUGAAGAUGGCCCCUUUGGGCCAGUGAAAGAAGAAAGGAAGCGGACACCCCAUGAGCUUAGAGAGCUGUGGAAGAAAGCCAUUAUUCAGCAGAUACUGCUCCUCAGAAUGGAGAAAGAAAACCAGAAGUUACAAGCAUCUGAAAACAAUUUGCAGAACAGACGCCUGAAACUUGACUAUGAGGAAAUCACACCUUGCUUAAAAGAUGUAACUUUGAUUUGGGAAAAAAUGUUGAGUACACCUGGAAGAUCAAAGAUUAAAUUUGAUGUGGAAAAAAUACACUCUGCUGUUGGACAAGGAGUACCACGUCACCACCGUGGGGAGAUCUGGAAGUUUUUAGCUGAGCAAUACCAUCUUAAACAUCAGUUUCCAAGUAAACAACAACCAAAGGACACACCUUAUAAAGAACUCCUAAAGCAACUAACUUCCCAACAGCAUGCAAUUCUUAUUGAUCUAGGGCGCACAUUUCCAACACAUCCGUACUUCUCAGCACAGCUGGGAGCUGGGCAGCUGUCACUCUACAACAUUUUGAAGGCCUAUUCACUUCUGGACCAGGAAGUAGGAUAUUGCCAGGGCCUUAGUUUUGUAGCAGGAGUUUUACUACUUCAUAUGAGUGAAGAAGAUGCUUUUAAAAUGCUGAAGUUUCUUAUGUUUGACAUGGGCCUGAGAAAACAAUAUCGUCCUGACAUGACAAUUUUGCAGAUCCAGAUGUACCAAUUGUCUCGACUUCUUCAUGAUUACCAUCGAGAUCUCUACAACCACCUAGAGGCACAUGAGAUUGGCCCCAGCCUCUAUGCUGCUCCCUGGUUUCUCACCAUGUUUGCCUCCCAGUUUCCCCUUGGAUUCGUAUCCAGAGUAUUUGAUAUGCUCUUUCUUCAAGGAUCAGAGGCUAUAUUUAAAGUGGCUUUAAGCCUUUUGGGAAGCCACAAGCCCUUGAUUCUGCAGCAUGAGAAUCUAGAAACUAUUGUUGAUUUUAUUAAAAGCACUCUCCCCAACUUGGGUUUGGUACAGAUGGAAAAGACCAUUAGUCAGGUAUUUGAAAUGGAUAUUGCCAAACAGUUGCAAGCUUAUGAAGUUGAAUAUCAUGUGCUUCAGGAUGAGCUUAUAGAUUCAUCUUUAAAUGACAAUCAGAGACUGGAUAAAUUAGAAAAGGCAAACAGCAGCUUGCGCAAACAAAACUUUGACCUCCUGGAAGAACUGCAGGUGGCUAAUGGAAAAAUCCAAAACCUUGAAGCUACAGUAGAGCUUUUAUUGACCAAUGAAGGCAAACUGAAGCAGUCCAUUCUUGCUCUUGAGCAGGAGCGAGCAGCUCUGCUGAAAGCUGUGGAAGAGAUGCAAAAAAAGAUGGGUGAUACAGAUGGGAAGCCUCUUCUUACUAGACAAGAACUGGAUGCUGACUGACCUGCACAGUUGUAAGGGAGCAGAGAAGCUGAGCGAGAAACAAAGGGAAGAACUGAGUCAUUUUGUCAUCAUCCAUGGGGAUUUGACGUUGUCGUGUUUGUUGUACACACCUUACUGUGGCAAAGCAAGAUGUGGGCAUGGUGGCUUUCCAUAUCAGAGAAGCUGGUUUCCUGGGGAAAGACUCUUCUCUUCUUAGUAUGUAGAAAUACUGUGAAGAGUAAGAUGCCACAUAAGAAAUAGUAAACAGGAGAAACUUACUAGUGUGUGCAGUCAUGCGCAAUACACUGUAAAUAUGGUAUGGAUUCUUCAGUAAGUGCUUCUAAACCUAAGUGCUUUGGGUUUGUCACAGUUUUGUUUGUGUCUGGAUCACCUCCAAGUUAAAUAGCACAUCCUUUAGAAGGUCUUUUGAAGAAAUACGUCAGUGUAAAACCUUUGAAAGCAUGACUGCCCCAUUGCAGCUAUGCAGUGGUAACAUUUACAGGUGAUUUGUGAUUGGACUUGAAAUUUUUGUUGGUGUAAUUCCCCUACAGCUUGGCUGGGUUCUGUUAAUUAUGUUGUUUACACCUCAGAAACUGCUUCCUGAUGCUUGAAGGUGUCAAUCCAUUGAACUCCAGGGAGCUGAACAUUAUCAUAUGUAACUAUGUAUAACUGGGGGUUGCCUUCCUUUUUUUUAAGUAUGUUGGUUUAGUAUAUUUCUUCUUUAACUACAAUUAAUUUAGUGUAUUGUUAGUUAGCAUUAUCUGAUAAACAUACUGUAUAUAGUAACUACAUUAUUCCUAACAAAAUAUACUGACAUUAAUUUGGUGAAGCCUGUGACUCUUGCAGCGUCAUUCAAGGAUUUCUAUUCAGACUCCUCAAAUUUCAUCUUAUUUAUUUCUGACCUGCUGUGUGAUGUAAGACAUCUUUUAUUGCUGGGAAAGUAAUGUCCACUGUCAUUUUUUUCCCCUUUAUUUGCUACUCUAUGCCCACCCAUCCUCUGAGAAAUCUAAAGACUUUUUCUGAGAAAAAGUGGAAUAAUUUCAAGAGCUUCAUGGUGUGCCAGAUAUGCUUAAACUGUUUCAUAAAGGAUAUAGAAGUUCUAGUUAGGACACCAUUAUUUUGCAAUGCAUCUUUCAAAUAAGAUUAAAUAUCUGAAAAAGUAAGUUUCACUUUUCUUAAUGCAAAAGUAGUUUGAAGCCAGUUAAAGCAACAUUGUGCAAUAAUACCCAUGGAUAUGCUUUUGUUGGGGUUUACUUCAGAAUUAGGAAUAUUGCCAUCGGUUUUUUCAGUCACUAAGCACUGAGUUUAUAGGCACUGGUGUUUUGCUAUAGUGGAGAUUCACCCAGGACGUGAUUUUUAUAUGUUUGGUUUUUGCAAGUCCACUUUAUAUUCACUUAGUAUUGAAAUUCCACAUACAUAAGUUAUUAAUAAUCCAUUUACCUCUUCAGCUUGGUUUUUUUAAUUUGGAAAUCCACAGUGAAGCUUACGCUUCAUGUUUAAAAUCUUGUCAUAAUGGACCUCAUACUGUUAGAUCACUCAGUAAUGUUGCGUUUUUACAGCAUAGUGCCAGAGUUCCUACACUGACUUUUUAACAAAAGCAAUAAAAAUAAUAAUAAUAAUCUAUGCCUACAUCUAUGUUGUUACAUUUUUUGGUAUUCAAAAACAAAACCACAGUUGGUGGGGUGCCAGUUCAGAAGCAUGUGAGAUGAGACUUGCCCUGGAAGUACGGUGCUGUCUACAAUGGUUGAUAAUUUCCGUUCAGCUCCCUGGUACAAUGAAACAGUUGCUUCUAUAUAGUUAGAAAAGCCUAAACUUACUUGUUACCUAUUUACCAGUCAUGCUUUCUGGGAACAGUGACUCUAGUUCUCAUCUAAGUGCACUUAGUAAUGCACUUACACAAAUUCUCAGUAAAAGGCUUUGGACUAGAAGUUGAAGGGAAGUAAUACCACUUACCAAGUUCCCAACUUUGUAAAAGCUCGGGGCUUUUCCUUCCGGAAGUAUGAGAAAGAAGUAAUAGAGCCCAGAGCUAGUCCCAGAUACUUGAUACUCCAGCUAUGCUGUUGCUGAGCAUCCUUAAAAAUGUGUAAAAUUAGGUCUCUUAUUUUCUGAGUACCAGAAAUUGUCAUCAUAUACUGUCUUCUAGAUGAACAGUAAAUAUAAAUUUCUGAUUCAGAGAGUAUUUUUUAAAAAGCCACCUGCAAAUCCAUACAUCAAAUCCCUCAGCAAAAAUAGCAAAUGAGCCACUCCCAGAAAAUCCAAGUUGAAAUAAUCAACAUUUUCUCUAUAUCACUUCUACAGAUAAAAAUCCCCAGCAGUGAUGCCUAAUCUUUGAAGAAAAGAAAAAACAGUGAAGAAGGAAGGAAGGGGUUCAUUGGUAUGUGCAGCUUAGGCUUUCAAAGGUGCAUGGCAAAGGCAGCAAGGGGUGCAGUGCUAGUGAAUUACAUGGAUGCAGUGGUCCUGAGAGAGAUUAGCCUGAAACGUGGAAAGAACUGAUAUUGACAUUUGCAACAAGAAAAAGGCAGGAUCUCUGAAACCUUUGCAGUGAACAGCGCUGCAUGGACAGAGGACCGGCUGCAGUGGGUCAUGGUCACCAGUUCUGGUUUGGUUUUCUUCCAACAAGUAAUUGUGGUAGGUACCUGGGACUCCCCGUGCUGCUGACUGUUCGAGGUACUUCUUCUUGCCCUGGUGUCUAUUUCCAGAGAUCAUUAUUUAAUACAGAAUUGGAGAAAUUCUACAGUGCCUAUCGUGGGAAGAUCAAAGCACUUUCAUAAAGGCACACGUUCUCUUGUUUAGAGUGAGAACUGAGUCACAAAAAAGUGCAAUGACUUGUACCAAAUAUUUCAAUUUCUCACUGGUUGCUGGCAUCCAGUGCAAUCCAGAUCUUCCAAGUUGUGUCAAACUGGUUUUCUGAAAGAUUGUUCCAGAAGGUCUUAGUAUGUUCUUGGUAUGUCAGGCAAUGCUCUGCCAAAACAAUGUGAAAUGGGAAAUGCUGCCACUGCAACCUUGUCCUUUACUGGCAGCUAUUCCUUCCUCCCAAAAGUAACUCUCUCAGGCCCAUUAAAACAUGUUGUGUCCUUGCCAGGUACCUCCUCUGCAGGUACCCAGCACACACCAGCUCUUGCUUGACACAUACUCAAGUGGAGGCACUGCCACCAGUCCUGAGCAGCAAGGACUGUAGUAUAGCAGUCAGUAAAUACUCUUGGAAUUUUUUUCAAACAUAAUAAUCUGAUAGGAAUUGCAUUUAGGACUAAGUCACAAAACUGCAGCUAGUAGGACUCUGAAUGAAGGACAAUAGUCUCUGCAUGGCAAAGACAAUAUAGCUGAUGCUUUUACUCCUUUGGGAUCUUAUUCCAUCAUUCAGUGAAGCAAGGAACACUGAAUCCAUUUUUUUACUUCAAGCCCACUACAAUAGGUGCUGCAAUUAAUAGAUAGUAAUAAAACAGCCUGGUAUGUCAGAAUGGCAGAGCAUACUACUUUGUAGCCAAGUCAGGUGGGAUACUAUCAGUGCCCUCCCUGCACUCUCUUCUCUCCUGGAGAUUAGGCUGCUUAAUUAGAUAAUGCAGACGUCUGUCUUAGAGGCAUUUCAGCAUUGGGCCUCCGUGCCUGCUGGCCUUGCAACCAUUCAACAGAAAGCUGGAAGAAACCAGCUGCUUCCCACACUGCCACCAUCUUUUAGGAGAUGCAUUUAAACUGCAUUUCCUGUGCUUGGUCCUUGCCUGAGCUGUGUUGCAGCCACACCUGCAUCUGGCUAUGUAUCCUUGUUGAUCCUGACCUAUGGUCUUGGCUUUCCUGCUUGAGCUCAGCCUUGACUGGUCAUCUGAACUAUUGACCUGCCUUGCUAGUGUUUUUUGAGUAUGGUGGGACAUGCUCCUUGUCAGGAAGUUGUUCCCUUUGCCUGCCUGUCACCCUCAGCCCCUGGCUCACUGUCCUCUUCAGAGCUGCCCUGCCCCUGCUGCUCCCCAGCACACAGCUCAGGUUUCACAUCUACACUGCUGCUGUUUCUGGGGCUGGGCUGGUCAGGGCUUGUUUAGGUGUCUGUGCAUGCCACUGCUCUGCCCUGAACAAGCCAGCCUGUUCUCUUAGAGCCUGCUUAGGCAUCUCCAGCACAAUGGUUGCUCUGUGUAACAUGGCCCUUUACUAGUCUCCCAUCCAUUUCAAAAUUCUAUGUUCACAUUCUUUUCCACAUCAAACGCUGCACCGUAUUUGCAAACACAAUUUUGGUGUUGAUGGCACCAGAAAAAAUGCCUGAAAUUAAUACAUUUUGACUACAGCAGGAUGAAUGCCGUGGUUGCUUGAGGCACCUUAGAUCAUUGCACAGCAUUUAUAUGGUGUCACGCCCUGUGACAUGAAGUAAUUUUUCUACAAGAGAGCUUUACUAGAGCAGGUGCGUGGGAGGGAGGAGAGCGCUGGCAGCCAGGCCAACAAGCGGGAGUGCGAUCCAGGCAUUUCUUUCAGAAGGCACAUGUGCAGCUUACACCCACUAAGUUUUACAUAACCUGAGUUAGGGUGGAUCACUAGGUACUCAUUUGCUCCUGUAGCUGCCAGAAAAUGUUCCUUUCAUCUAGACAAACCUGAGGCUGCAAGAACUUUCUGUGCCUCAAAGUUUCAGCAUAACCCAAAGCAAAUCAAGAGGGACUUCAUUAUGUACAAGACUCUAGUUGUUCUUUUGCAUAAAUGCAUUUUUUCUUCUCUCUAAUUGUAUCAUAUAUUUUCAUGGUGCUAGAAAAGCAUUGGGGCUAUAGAUGCUGAAAGAUGAUGAAACUCCUCUUGCAGAGAGAACAGAGAUCAUUAAAACAGGGCUUCUGGAGAAGCUUGUACUAGCUCCCCAUCCUGGACUUUUCUCAUGCAUCAUUUCAGAACCAAAGAGAUUUUAGAAAAAUUUCAUUACAUUUUUUUUUUUUGAUUGGGAACCACUAAUAAAAAAUGUUCUGGCAACAGCCAUUGAUCCUAUAUUCAACCAAAUGCCUAUUUGUUUUUGUCAUUCUCUAGCACUCUUCUGUAAUACCUUUCCUUUUGUUAACAUUUCACACUAGACUGCUUGUCUGCAAAGGAGAUAGAAAUACAUUUUUUCAUUUUCUAGGUAAAAGCAGAAUAUGAUAAUUAUCUGUUGUAUCUGUCUGGUCCUGUAUUACUAGUGAGGCAGUGAGUUUCCAUUUCUUAGUAAUUAUGUGCAAGUCAUUCUAAUCAAGAUGGUCCUCAGGAAAUAAAGUCUUGCUACAAUUUGGUUCA